AGCAAAGCAUUUCGUGCAUCAUUUUAGUCGCCGAUGCCACCAGAUGACAGCGUGGAGAACCUGAAAAAAAACGAGGACCUGCACAAAGGAAUAGUGAUUCCCUGGACAGCGGACGGUGACAUGGAAGUGAAAUAAGAAUGGAAUUUCUUCCGUUCGGAUCAGAUAAAAUGGGAAAACCGAGACUUUUUCGCAUCUUCCUGAUCCUGGGCUCCCUGUUUAUGAUCCUGCUGAUUAUAAUUUACUGGGAUGAUGUCGGAGCCACUCAUUUCUACCUUCACACCACUGUCUCUGGGCCCCAUUCCUCUCGCAUCCCCCCCAAAAGCCAAGCCAAGGUCAGACACAAAGCGGACGACGACAAGGGGAAUGUCUUCCUCUCGGACGUUGAUGCCUUCAUCAACCAGUUUCUCGAGGGCACCUCUGAGCCCAGUGAGCAGACGCAGGAGGGUACCCCCGGCUCCCGCAACCAGUCGGGAGAGGCGGGGAAGCCCGAGGAGAAAUUUGUGCCACGACGUGAGUGGAAGAUCCACCAGACCCCCAUUUCUGCCGAGCAAAGGCAGCGGCAGGAAGACAGGAAGCAGACCCUGCGAGACCUUUGCAGCAACAGCACAAUAAACUUCCCUGGGAAGAAGCGGACAUUCGACGACAUUCCCAACAAUGAGCUGAACCAUCUGAUUGUGGAUGACCGCCAUGGCAUCAUCUAUUGCUAUGUGCCCAAGGUGGCAUGCAGCAACUGGAAACGCAUCAUGAUCAUGCUGAGUGAAAGCCUACUUGUUGAUGGUGCCCCCUAUCAGGACCCCAUGGACAUCCCCCGGGAGCACGUUCACAAUAGCAGCAGCCAUUUCACCUUCAACAACUUCUGGAAACGCUAUGGCAAGUUCUCCCGCCACUUGAUGAAAGUAAAGCUCAAGAAGUACACCAAGUUCUUGUUUGUAAGGGACCCCUUUGUGCGACUCAUCUCAGCUUACAGGAACAAGUUCGAGGAGGAGAACUCGGAUUUCUAUCGGCAGUAUGGCGUCGUCAUGCUGAAGAGAUACACCAACCACUCUAAUCCCCCUGCCUCUGUCGUUGAUGCCAUUUCUGCUGGCAUCCGUCCAUCCUUCGCAAACUUCAUUCAGUAUCUGCUGGACCCCCAGACGGAAAAGAAGAUAUCAUUCAACGAGCACUGGAAGCAAGUCUAUCGCAUGUGCCACCCUUGCCAGAUAAACUAUGACUUUGUGGGAAAGCUGGAGACUUUGGACGAAGACGCUGAGCAAUUGCUUCGGGUCCUGCGGGUUGACAACAUCGUACAGUUCCCCCCCAGUAGACACAACCAGACAGCUGCCAGCUGGGAAGGGGACUGGUUUAGCAGCAUCCCACACAAAUGGAAGCAAGACCUGUACAGGCUUUACGAAACAGACUUUAAGCUCUUUGGGUAUCCAAAACCAGAAAAGCUACUACAGAAGUAGAUAUGCCUUUGUCAGCGUUGGUGUGGGGCUGCAGUUUUGUUUGAAAUAUAGAAAUACUGUAGCAUUACAUCCCAUGGUCAAUAUAGAAUUUAGGUUAGAAUGCCGAGAUUGAGGUCACUCUUUUCCAGUUCAAGUUAAUACUGUAUUUUAAUAAGAUUGUGGAACUUUCUCGUGCCACCCGGACUUCGUUUUCUACAUGGGAUAAAAAAGGGCGAAACUGAAGAACGCAGGGCUUUCCGCUACACACCUGCGAUCCCACUCACGUGACAUGGAUCGAAAAUAUACCGCUGGAGCACAGGAGGCGAGGAGGGAGAGGAAAGACGACGGCAUGAAACGGGUGUUGAAAUGGCGUGUUUGCCGUUUAAAAAGGAUAUGCAUGAAAGUAUGUCAGUGCACUCUGUCAGUCACCUGUACUAUUGUCAUCCUCAUUUUGUUUUUAAUAAUGUAUAUAUAUUUUUCGGGUGUUGCUGCGAGGUUUAGCUGACGUAUCUAAGGAAACGUGGUAGUGAUGGAAAUGGGAAACUUAUAAACUAGAUGAUAGAUGAGGGAGCAGUGUGUGGCUCUGUGGGCUAAACCUGUGUGCCUGUAAUCAGAAGGUCGCAGGUUCAAACCCCGCCUCAGACUGUGGGUCCUUGAGCAAGGCCCUUAACUCCCAGCUCCCUGGGCCCCGCUACGGGUGGCAGCCCUUCGCAGACAACUUCCUCUAUGAAAAAAGAGCAAGUUGUAGGAGGCGUAAAGGCAAUUUCCCUACGGGGACAAUAAAAGUAUCGAUUAUUAUUAUUAUAAAUAUAAAAAAAAAAAAAUUUUUUUUUUAAGGAGGAAGUGUUUUGUGUAGCUUAAAAGGAAACAAGGGCAGUUUUUAUAUAAGUGAGGAAUAAAUAUCCGUCAGUUGAUUAUCAUCGUAACUUAACUAGUACUGUUUUUUUUUUGUGCUUUAGAGCUCAUUAAGAAAUCAUUUAGUGAGGAAAGUAAGAUGUUGCAAAGGACAACAGUAGACCAUGCACUGCUGACCUCAUCCACCAGUGGCAGCUUGGCCAAUGAGAAUUGCGUGGGCCCGUUAGCACUUAUCCAAUCAGCACAUCACACACAGGAGUAUUUUCUGUGUACCAUCUGUGGACUGUAAUUAUAAAUAAACAACAAACCACACAUUGUAUUAUGUUGUGUUAAAAGCAUGCUGUUGUUUAAUCUGCAAAUUACUUUUUAUAAUCAGGCUAGUGGUCUGCUGCUCGGACUGGAUAUGUAGUUCUGUGCAUUUGUUUUGUUCAUCCCUUGUCUGAAUUCAUCAGUUAUAGAUGAAUAUAUAGAAACAAAGAAAUAUCUGUCAAAGUUUUGCUGUACUAAACUUAUUACUGGCAACCAUGACAAAAGUUAAAUAUGCAACACUUCCAUUUAAUUAAAUUUGAAAUAGUGUAGCGCCCAGUAUUUCAAAUGAUUUGACCCUUUUGGUUUCAAACGUUAAAUGAAAAUGUCGUAUAUGUGCGUGGUAUCUAAGUGUGCUGGCUGCUCAUUAAGUUUUAUAUCCAAUGAAAAACAAGAUUCUGGACAAUGGAAGGGCAACAUAUUGUUAUUCUCAAUAGAAUUCUGUUAUUUGCCUUUGAUGUGCUAUUGUGUUAUAGAUGUAUUUUUUUUUAUGUAUAAUUGGAAGUACACAAUCGUAUCUGAGGAGCUUGAAAAAAUGUUUCCUCUAUUUGUAAGCCAGUCGUAAAUGGUCGUUGAUUUAGAGGGGGAUAGAAUAUUUUAGUGAAAUUCAUAGUACAGUGUUUUCAAGCUGAACUUGUGAACCGGUGAUAACUUGCUGCUGUUUGCACACGAGUGGAUUCUGGAAUGUUCCAGCUUCCCUCUGCGGGAAUUCUGGGAGAACGGUGGAAGGGAACGUUGGCUUCAAGAGGUGUCUGGUGUUUGGAGAUAAAAUAAAGGGAUUUUUUUUUUUUUUUUACCUCUUCUGCCCCAAUCCGAGCCUAAAGCCCAACCAGCCCUGAGGAACAUACAGCUGAUUAUCCUAAGCUGAGGUGACUGCACUGGCCGAUUUGUUUGGGAACAGUGCCUUGUUCCUGAUGGGGGGGGGGGGGGGUUGGGGCUGAGUUACAUGUCAAGAAAUAUUUUUAUAAAUUGAAUUUAUUUUAUUGAGUGAUUUCUCUGGGAAUAUUUUAAAUCAGGAUAUUCUAAAAUGCAUAGUAAGUUUACGCUGCCUGUAAAUCAAGUAUGGCACCAAAAUUAUUGGUUAUAUUUUGAAACUUUUGAAUGUUCUUUUCUUCCAAUGAAUCUGUCUCUUUUUUGGCCUCUGUAUAAAAGUUCUUAAAAGAGGAAGGACUCAUUCUUUUAGAUGCAGCUGCUCUGUAGCGUGAAAAGGUGUCAAAUAUUUUACAUCAAAUGUUUACUCUCUGUUUUCCUGUAAAACCAGUAGAGCCCUGUAUGUUAUAUUCAUGUUAUUUGAGUUGGCCGCCUAAAAGAUCACUGUGUUUCCAAAGUGUAUGCACAAGGCAGAUAUCAGCUAAAAGAAAUCAAAAACGGGUGUAUAUUCAUGCUUGUGUAAUGUUAUUAGCGUGGUCAGGCUGAUUCUUCUGCUUGCCGGUGUGAGCCAUUGGUGGAAACUGUUUUUAAAAGCUAUUUAUUUCUGUAUUAUUUAAAACGAUUUAGUUCCAUAAGAUGGGGUAAAGAGUAUGAAAAAAUAGGGCAAAAGGGAAAAGUAAUAGAUCAAUGCAUGAUUUAUGCCUUUUGAAAUUUUUAUUCUUGGUGAUUUGAAUAAAGUUUACAGUGGUA